AUGACACUCAAAUUGCUUAUGAAUUCGACAUGGGGAUAUUCCAUUAAGAAACCUCAAAAGAUGAAGAGUAAACACUAUGAGAAGGUCGACAACUUUGUUGAAAGGUUCUCCCCUUUUGUUUUGAAAUACGAAUUUACUCAAGGUCAAGGUGGCUUAGUAACCACAGUAAAACCUAUUGUCGAACAUUGGUCUUACCCUCAGUUCGCAAAGGCAGUCCUUGACAACUACAACAAAUUCUUCUCCGAAGUUAAAUCCAAAGUGAAGGUUUACUAUGAGAACAUCGAUGCGCUCAUGACGAACGAAGAAGGCUAUAACAAACUCAUUGAAAUGGGAAUGGUCGGUGAAAAGAUGGGUCAAUUCAAAUUGGACAAAAUUUUCACCGAAGUUCAUGUCCUCUCCAAGCGUAAGUACUGGGGCAUACUUGAAGACGGCACAGAAAUAAAACAUUGCAUGAAAUAA